ACACUCACCUCGGAUGACCAUGAAAAAAUGAGCUCCGAUAUGGCCAUCACAUCGCCCUCCGAAAAGGCGCACAACGAUAGUGGCACCGAUAGCGACAUCGAUCUUGACCCAUUGCCUGUCGCUCUCUCAUCCGUAGAAAGACGACGAGCCCGCAAGCUACGCUUCCAGUCAUGGUUACAGAACACAGCCGUCAAAGAAAUUCAUGCCGCUGUCCAAGACAACAAUCGCAACAAUACCGACGAGGAAAUGUCCAUUCGCCAGCUGCUUGCCAGUCAGGAAACCACUCAGAUUAUCACUACUCCUAGGGAAUACCAGCUUGACCUCUUCCAGCGUGCUACUCAGCAAAACACCAUCGCUGUCCUCGACACUGGUUCCGGCAAGACGUUGAUAGCUGUCCUUCUCUUGCGCCACACUAUUGGCGAAGAGCUUCAGGCUCGUCUGGAAGGAAAACCUCAUCGUAUCUCUUUCUUUCUCGUACCCUCGGUCCCCCUAGUCUUCCAACAAUUUGCCGUGCUCGAGCGCAACCUCGACUACGACGUGGAUCGUUUGUGUGGUGCCAUGAUGACCGACAAGUGGAGCAAGCAGGUUUGGGACGAUCGUCUUGCCAAAACUCAUGUCAUUGUCUGUACCCCUGAUGUUCUCAAGAAUUGUUUGAGCUGCUCCUUCAUCUCCAUGCGCCAAAUCAAUCUUCUGAUCUUUGACGAAGCUCACCACGCCAAAAAGGGCCAUGCAUACGCCCAGAUCAUCAAAGACUUCUAUCUCACUGAUGUUGACGAGCAUUGCCGACCCAGAAUCUUCGGCAUGACCGCCUCGCCUGUUGACGCUCGGGUCGAUGUCCGUCAAGCUGCUAGCAGGAUUGCUACUGCACGCGACCUUACGCUACUUCAAAAUGCAGCCACCAAGCCAAAAGAGAUGUUCCUGGAUUACACGACAUCCCCCGCUAUACCCACACCAAGUCAGCUCUUUCAAGACUUGAGAAGUCAGUUUGGCAGCAUCAAGCUACUUGACAGCCUGUUCCAGAAUGCAGGCACAGUUCGCUCGCAUCUUGGGGAUUGGUGCGCCGAUCGUUACUGGGGCUUCGCGUUGGCCGAAGAGCGGUCGAAGAAGAUGGAAUCGCUUGUCGAAAAAGCUGCACGACAGUGCGGUUCAACGCAUGAUGCCGAUCACCAAAUCGAACAGAUUCGCAAAGCUACAGAUAUCAUUUCGAACUACGACUUUGGAAGCCCUCAUGCCAACCUCUCAAAUCUCAGCGACAAAGUACAAAAGCUGCAUGUCUAUCUACGAGCCCAUUAUGAGCGCUCUCCAGACUAUCGCUGCAUUGUGUUCGUCGAACACCGUAGCACCGCGUAUCUGCUCCACCAAGUCUUCGAAAGCAUCGGCGGACCUCACUUGCGCCCAGGCCUACUCAUCGGAGUAAGCAACGGUCGUCUGGACGACAUACAAUCCACUUUUCGCAGUCAGGUCCUCACUAUUAUCAAGUUUCGCAAAGGAGAGCUGAAUUGUCUAUUCGCAACCUCAGUGGCCGAAGAAGGUCUAGACAUUCCUGACUGCAACCUGGUCGUACGUUUCGACAUCUGCAAAACUAUGAUCCAGUAUGUGCAGUCUCGUGGGCGUGCCAGACACAAGAACUCCAAAUUCCUACAUAUGAAGGAGAAAGAAAAUCACGAUCAUGCGAAUGUCUUGUUUGAGAAUCGUGGAGCAGAAGAAGUUAUGCGGACCUUUUGCAAAGAGCUACCCGCCGACCGUCAGCUAGACGGCAAUAAUGAUACGGUCUUUCCUCAAGAGAUGAUCAGCCUCUACCCUACGUAUACGAUAGCUCGUACCGGCGCGAAGAUCACUUUUGGCUCUGCUCUUCAGAUCUUGUCGCAUUUCGUAGACAGUCUGCCACAGGAAGGCGAAGAAACUUUGCAGCCUACCUACAUCAUCACAAAUCAGGGGGGGCGUUUCGUCUGCGAAGUAGUCAUUCCCGAGCCUUCUCCCGUUCGCUCAGUGAUAGGAGAGUCUAUGACAAAGAAAUCACUUGCCAAACGCUCAGCUGCUUUCAAGGCUUGCAAAGAGCUUGUUGUGUCGAAACAUCUCGACUAUAAUCUCGUUCCAGUCUACACCAAGAAGCUCCCAUCAAUGCGCAACGCGGCGCUGGCGUUGAGCUCAAAGCGAACAGGGAUGUACGACAUGCGCAUCAAACCCCAUGUCUGGGACGAUGGACGAGGUUCGAUCCCAUCAGUAGUAUACCUCACUCACCUUGACGUUCCAGAGGGACUCGGUCGUCCUCACCAACCUCUCCUUCUCGUCACCAGAAGGCCGAUGCCGGACUUUCCCAAAUUCCCUUUGUUCUUGAAUGAUGGCCGCAAAACAUACGUGGAGUUGAUUCCACUCUCGCCAGCUUGCAAGGUUUCUGAUGCUGAGCUGACCAAGUUCACUUCAUUCACUUUGAGAAUCUUCAAGGAUAUCUACAACAAGACAUACGAAUUUGACGCCAUGAAGAUGUCUUACUGGCUCGUGCCGUCUGAAAAGUCCGCUCCUUUCGCAAACACUAGAGCCGCCUCUCUCCAACUCAUCAACUGGACAAUAUUGGACUACGUUUUUGAAAACAGCAAGGGUCACCAAUGGUCACCGACUAUGUCCGACUCUUUCCUGAUUGACAAGUUCCUCGUCGACCCGGGAGACGGUGGUCGACGCUUCUAUUCGUCAAGAGUAGCUUCAGAGUACAAGCCUUCAAGCCCCGUUCCGGAGGGUUGUGCAGCCUCGAAACGACAGACCGACAUCAUGGAUUAUACAGUCAGUCUAUGGAAGAAUUCACGCAACAGACAUAAAUCCUCGUGGAACCCUGACCAACCUGUCCUGGAAGCCGAGAAGAUUCUACAUAGACGGAACAUGCUCGCGGAGCCCACCGCCAAAGAGGCACAAGACGCGUCGAAAGUUCGAAGCUUCAUAUGUCCUGAGCCACUCGUCAUAUCUGCUGUAUGUGUAUCCCAACUGUGGUUGAUCCUGAGACUAACAUGCUACAGCNUCCCCACUACCGUUGUAGCAAUUUGCUAUGUUUUUCCCGCAAUCAUCCAUCGCAUUGACGACUACCUCAUCGCAGGGGAGACGUGCGAAGAGCUUGGUCUCACAGUAGACUUACCACUGGCUCUAGAAGCAAUCACCAAAGAUUCUGACAAUACAGAAGAGCAUCAAAAUCAUGAACGAAUCAACUUCCAGCGUGGCAUGGGAAAGAACUACGAGCGUCUCGAAUUUUUGGGUGACUGCUUCCUCAAGAUGGCAACUUCGAUCUCGACUUUCACGCAGGAUCCAAACGACAACGAGUUCGAUUUCCAUGUAAAGCGCAUGCUGCUACUCUGCAACCAAAAUUUGUUCAAUGCAGCGCAGAAGCUUAAGCUCUACGAAAACAUUCGCAGUGCUUCUUUCUCUCGCUCACGAUUGAUAGUCNGUACAUGGUACCCAGAAGGUAUCAAGCUUUUGGAAGGCAAAGGAGCAAACAAGAACGGUACGGAGGUGAUAAAGCAUGCACUUGGCGACAAGACCAUUGCGGAUGUUUCCGAAGCACUGAUGGGUGCGGCCUUCCUCACCCACGACAAGCCUGGCGAAUGGCAGCCAGAGCAUUGGCGCAAUGCUGUCAAAGCUGUCACCAAGCUCGUCGAUAAUCCCGACCAUUCAAUGAACGAAUGGUCCGACUACUCCCGCACUUAUGAGAAGCCAGCAUAUCAAAUCGCCGAGGCCAGAGCUGCAACCCUUGAACUUGCCAAGAGGGUAGAGAAGGAGCAUGCAUAUCACUUCAAAUAUCCGCGUCUGCUCCAGGCUGCCUUUCACCAUCCCUCGUAUCCGAACCUCUGGUCUGCUGGAGUUCCAUCCUACCAGAGGCUCGAGUUCUUGGGUGAUUCGCUUCUUGACAUGACUAGUAUCACUCAUCUCUUCUACAAGUAUCCUGACAGGGAUCCACAGUGGUUGACUGAGCACAAGAUGGCUAUGGUGUCCAAUCAAUUCCUUGGAGCUCUCUGUGUUCGAAUUGGAUUUUACAAGCACUUGCUUUUCAACCACGAUUCCUUGUGUCAACAGAUCUCAAACUAUGUUACUGACAUCAAGGAUGCAGAAGCUGCUUCUCAAGGGGCUAUGGACUACUGGACCACAGUAAAAGAAGCCCCCAAGGUAAGAUUGAAUGAUUGA